AGUAUUUACUUCCGGUUCCUGUGACACUUUUUGAUUUCGUACUAAAAAGAUAAAACUUAAAGGUUGACAUAUACACAGUCUAAAAAUUAAACUUUUUACCGUUUAAUGGUAAUGUCAGUAAUAUUAAAAUACUUUAAGAAUUUUAUAACUAUUUAAAAUUGUACUAAAUCGAACCAUUAGCUUCUUUUCAAUGUCAUUAGAGGAUACAAAUUGUAAACAAUUUUUUUUUCAAAACAAUAAGAAUCAACACUUUAAUGCUCAUUUUAAAUGUGCACUUUUAGAUGUUAUAAUGCAAAUAGUCAACUAGAGUUAAAAUUGGUCAAAAGUCUUUUGAUAAUGCAUAAAUUAACUUGAAAUUUGACAAUAUACUAUUUAAUAAAUGUAUUAACAGAUCAACUGAUACUUGAGAGAAAAUGUUUCUGCGAAAUGUAAUGAGAAAAAUUGCAAGCCAAAAAUCCUUGAAUGGUUUGGCUAUAAAGAAAAAUUAUUUUGGAACAACUUCUUCACUUCUAGAUGAUUUUUCCAUAAAUGCUAAUGAAAAAACAGGAGUGUCGGUUAUUACCAUGUCUAAAACCCCUGCAAAUAGUCUCAAUCUGGAGUUUAUUCAGGAACUAUCAAUGGCUAUUCAAAAGCUUAAUAUGGAAAAGAGUUGCAGAGGAAUUAUUCUUACAUCAAGUCUUCCAAGUAUAUUUUCCGCUGGAUUAGAUAUUUUGGAAAUGUAUCAACCAGAACCCGAUCGAUUAGAGAAAUUCUGGACAGAAUUUCAAGAGAUAUGGCUAGCCUUGUAUUCUUCGCCUAAAACUGUUAUGUCGGCUAUAAACGGUCAUUCGCCUGCAGGUGGAUGUAUAAUUGCAUUAGCUACUGAUUACAGAAUAAUGAAACCUAAAUUUACCAUUGGUCUAAAUGAAACUAUGUUGGGUAUAGUUGCACCUUUCUGGGCUGAGGAUUCUAUGAAAGCAGUUAUUGGUCAAAGAAGAUCUGAAUACAGUUUGCAGUUGGGAAAACUUUACACUGCUGAAGAGGCAUUACAGAUCAAUCUAAUUGAUGAAAUAUCGGAUAAUCCAUUACAAGCUUGCGAGGAUGAAAUGAUGAAUUGGCUAAAAUUACCCGAUCACGCUAGAACCUUGACGAAAUUUCAGAACAGAGGACAUAUUAUUGAAAAAAUGAAAAAAGGUCGUAAAGAAGAUCUUGAAAAAUUUGUUAAAUUCAUACCAAGAGAAGGGAUUCAAAUGGCUUUGGGAACGUAUUUGGAUAAUUUGAAAUCUAGAAAGAAGAAACAGUUAAAAACUUGUGUUUCUGACGUUGAGUUAAUUGUUAGAAAAAUAAAAUACAAUCUCGAAGAUUACACUAAAACAACAUUUUUCUAUCUUGGAGCUCAAGAUGGAAUACUUGCAGAAAACUUAAUUAAUUCAGGAUGCAAGAAAGUUAUCGUUACCGAACAUAAAAAAAGUAAUGAAGAACAUCUGAAUGAAAUUCAAAAUCGAUUUAGGGAAAAAUUUCUACGAUUUACGCGUUUUCCUAAUUCAAGAAUCAUUGAAGAAUAUAAAUUAGAUGGGUUGGAAGAGAAAAACUGGCACACUCAACCAAAAGUUGCCGUAAUUCUUACUCUUUUGACAAAUGAUCGUUCAAAAUUAUCUUUAAAUUCAUAUUUAUUACGUAAACAAUUUCCCUUUAAUUUUGGUCGAACACCUAUAUUUCUAUUGACUGAUAAUACGGAAAGUAAAGUUAUACUUAUGAAUGAAACUAAUCUGCAAACAGAGAAGAGAAUACCAUCAAGGGCUCUGAGUUAUAUGUUUCUGUAUGAUAGAACUCUCUUAGCAGAAAUACCUAGACUAAAGCCAUCUCAAAAGUAUACUAAACUUAUUAAAAUACAACCAAAAAGCGAUCUUGUUGAUCUUCUCUACGACGAAGAUAAAUUUAAAGAAGCAGAAGUGUUCCUAAAGCAUUUCUUUAACAAACCAUACGAAAGAGUUAUUCCUAAAAUUGAGAAAAUAUGCCCAAAUUUAGGAUCAGAACUGAUUGACAUGAAUAUAACAAUGUUAGAUAGAGUUAAGGACUUGGAUUUUCGAAUUAUUGGUGAAAUAUUUCGCCUAGUUGCAUCAAAUGACAAUUAUUCAAGAAAUAUUAUUAGAGUAUUAAGCUCAAGACAUGAAUUUUAA